GGAGAUGGUAGAGAAGGAAAACCAAGGAGCACUGUAUUUUUAAUAUUUGAAGGAAAAAAACCUACAACUUGUUUUCUGUUUUCUCCUUUGCUGGUAUUGGCUAAACCACUUGGCAAGAGUAUGAAUUAUGCAUCCAGACGAUCGUGACAAAUUUCCUUAAAUGUAUUGGCGCAAGUUGAAGAUAUGAGGGUCCCAAAUGUACCAUACUUAAAACAACAACCUUGUCUAACUUGCAAAUUGCAAUGCAAUGUAGAUUCAUCAGCUGGAUACAACCAAAAACAACCUUUUGAAACCCCUCUUUGUAUGUAAUCACAAGUCUUGGUUACAUUUGUAUUGCUAAAUACCAAGGACCAAGUUGAGAGUCUAAUUAAUGGCUAUGUUGCUUCAAUGUAGGACAUCGAAAUAUGCAACCAUGUAAUUUGGAUAAGAUAGAGUGAAAAACGUGUAAGGGUCCACUUCAUCAGCUAGAUUAGCAACACCAACAUCAUCAAUUCUAAUAUAUAUCUUGGUUUAUCAUGCUUGUUUUUCAUCUCAAAUUCAACCUCCUAAGUCCUAUUCUCUCCAUAAAAAAAAACAUAAAUAUGACAACAUCAAAAGAAACUUCAAGUUUGAAACUAUUGAGCCAACACCUGUUAGAGGAUAAUAUAUCAGAGUCAUUUUUCACCAAUCUCAAUUCUGUCAAACUUGAAUACCCCUCAUCAGAAAUUGAUUUGGAUCCAUAUUUUUCAGAACAAAACAGCUUCUAUAGUUUUCUUGAAAGCUUUGGUUUUGAAGCUGAUACACAAGUUGUUGUUGACUUCAAUUCUGAGGUACAAAACUCUAAUGCAGAGAGUUCCUUAGAAGAAACAAAGAACAUAUCAAAUUCAGCUGAACCAAUGGUGUUGGAGAAGAAGGAGUUACAAACAUGUUAUGGAGAGAGGCAUUACAGGGGAGUGAGGAGAAGACCAUGGGGUAAAUUUGCUGCCGAGAUUCGCGAUUCAACAAGGAAAGGAAGCAGAGUUUGGUUAGGAACAUUUAACAGUGAGAUUGAUGCUGCUAAGGCUUAUGAUUGUGCAGCUUUCAGGAUGAGAGGUCAGAAAGCUAUAUUGAAUUUUCCUUUGGAAGCUGGAGAAGCUAAUCCGAAGCCUAAUAACAGUGUUUGUGGCAGGAAAAGGAGAAUACAUCAUAGAAAUGUUGCCACAAGUUCAAGUUAAAUUAGUGUUCAACAAUGGCUCGAAUAUGAGCACAGCACCUAUGUAAAAAAAUGUUCAAAAUUAAAAUAUGUUAAAAGUACUAUGUGAUGUAAAUUCUAUGUGGAAGAGAUUGUUUUUUAAUGUUUUCAAUAUGUGAGUUAAAGCAAUGAGUUAAAGUUAAGGAAACAAAUGGGGUGAAAUUCAAACUAAGAAUUAACGAGUUGAUGAAUA